UGGAUACCGCCGGGUGAAUACCCCCCUCGUCACGUACGGGAUCAUUAGCCGGAUAUCCUUAGUCCUGCUCGCCAACCCUCUCUGAUAGCGGUGAUCCUCGUGCCUGACAUCAUUAUCCUGGGACGCCGUUCAGCGCCAGCGCGGUGAGACCAUCCUUCGAGGCCAUCCCUCGUAUCGUUCCAGUUCGGUUCCUCGUGUUUUGCCCUUCUCUCCCGUGUGUUUGCCGAUACCGUGUUUCGCCACCUAACUCGUAUAGUCGGAAUCGUUUGCACUGUGAUGUCGGUGCGACAAACACGGUUCUACGAUCGAGUUGCAUCUUCGUGACGUGAUACUUCGACAACGUGGACGUGGUGACGGAAAAAUUGUUCGGAAACUGCGAGAUCGAGGUAGAUUAAAAAUCUGGCAUUAACGUUUAGAAACAUGGACGAUUCGUGGUAUGGUUCGCCGUAAUAUCUGUGUCAAAGAAAGAUAUUGUUUAACAUCAAAGUAGUUGGACUUGGAAGAUUGAUUUGUUGAUUUGUUGGACUUCAAAUUUUGAGGUUGACAAGUGAGUUUGCAAAUAGGAAUACUUUGGACGAGUAUGGAGCCGAACGAUCCGUCGGCAAGAUUGACCGUCGAAGAUUUGUCCGACUGCAGGAGCGAGAGCAGUCACUCGGAGAGCCAAUUGAGAGCCUUCCAGGACUACGAACGUAUCAAGGAACUGAAUUUAUCUGUGGACAAGUCAAAGGAAGAUCCUGCGAUUGAACCUAAAGACUUUCAUCUAGGAUUAGAACCUGGUAGAACCUCUAUUCGUUCGUCUUUCGACGAAUUUGAAAAUAGUAGCAGGAACCUUCCACUAUCACUGAACAAAGGCAAGGAUUUUGGUUACAUUACCGGUAGUUUAAACGAGAUGGCCUAUCCUUUGGACAGAUCUAGUGAAAAUGACGAGUCUCUGGAAACGACUAACCUGUGCAGGACCAAGAAUCCGUCCGCCAAGGAUUUGCUGUUCAAUCUUCGCGAGAAUAGGCAUAAAAAUGCUCAUGCAACGUUGUCUCUCGAUAGGUACGGCAAGGAUUUGAAUUUUGCUGUGUCAGAAAAGGAUAUCAAGGACUUUGGAUUGCUGAAGAAUUACAGUCUGGAUCGGAUGAAGGAGUUUAAUCUGUCGUUGGAUAGGAUGAGGGAUAGCCACAUUGGGAAUUUUGCUUUGGAGAGACUUCGAGGGGGAGCAGGCUUGCUGGAAAAUCCACCGAUAUUAGAGCAUAAUGAGUUGAAAAGUAUGCAGAUGCAACCGAGGAACCAGGAUUUGGAAGCUAUCGCGUUGGAACGUAUGAGAAGAUCGCACUUGUUGGGAGCCGAUCUCUCGACACAAAAUUUGUCCACGCAGAUACCACAUCCGCAUUCUAUCACACAGAUGCAGCAUUCGCAGCAGCAACAGCAACAACAGGCUAAGUCGUUUACUAUCGACGCGAUUCUUGGCUUGAGGAACAAUCCCAGGGAGAAACGGAGUCAGCAGCAACAAUACAGAAAGCAUCAAGGUCAGGAAGGCGGGACGAAGAACGGCAGUUCAAGCUCGUGCUCCGGCGGCGGCGGCAAGCUGAAGAGGGUGCGUACAAUCUUCACUGCGGAACAGCUGGAACGGUUGGAGGGAGAAUUCGCGCGACAACAGUACAUGGUCGGGCCGGAGAGGUUGUACCUGGCGCACGCACUCAGGCUAACCGAGGCCCAGGUGAAGGUGUGGUUCCAAAAUCGACGCAUCAAGUGGAGGAAACAUCAUCACGAGCAACAGAGCCAAAGGGUGCACGAGUUCCAACGAUCGCUGAACUCUUCGCUGGAACACGAGGACAGUAACGAGACCGAUAAAUGGUGAAAAGAAACCGCGUUCCUCGAUCGAGAAGCACCACUUCGUUUCUUCGUUUCCCCCCUGCUUCUUCCGUUUUCCGAUCUUAGAAAUAUUCGACUGCUCGCGUUCGAGGAGGGCUUGAUCGACGGCCAAGGACGAUUCUCUCGCGGCUUCGACGCGCUUUGACCAUUUUUCAAAAGGAUUCUACCGAAUACGUUCGAUCGUAUUUCCAAAUAAGUGUUCCUUUGUUUCCAACUCCCUCGGAUGAGUCUCUGAUUCUUGCAAAGACUUUGGGGUCGGUCCUUUUGAGGUUAGAUUGAUUUCGUGUGGAACAUGAAGAGAAAGGUUGCAGCAACGUAGAACGUUGAUAGUCUCGUGGAGGAAGUUGUAGGUCUUGAGGAUAUUAAACUGGAAAUCAGAUUCGUGCGGUUUUGAACGAAGGUUUAGCAAAGAUAAACUCAAUGUUGCGAUUGAUGUAAUCAGAGGAGAAAACAAUUCGUUUACUUUUGAAUAUUGAGAUCUUGGAUGGAUUUUCAAUGAAGAUUUUGAAGGAUUCGUGAGCCUUGUUGAAAAGGAAGAUAGGAUUGAUUGACUCAUUUUACUGUUCGAUCUUUGGUGUUGUAUCGACACCAUUGCGCC